UUUUAUUUCAUAGAAAGUGUUGGCUAUUCUGCUAAUUUUUGUGUUCUUGAUUUGAUAGUUCAAAUAUCCAAAAAUGGCAGGGGCACCAGAAAUUGAAGAUUUUCCAAGUUGGUUAAGAGAAAAAUUAAAAGAAUUAAAUACCGAUGAAACAGUCUUUGGUUCGUAUAUUCAAGGUAUCCUCGACAGCGAUGAUUCUGAGGAAGAAAAGAAUGAAGCCAUACAAGGUUUACUAACAGAGAUACUAGAAAAUGAAAGUGAAAUUAUUAAAAUAUGUAAUGAAAUUCUCGAACACUGGGAAAGAUUUAAGCCACAAGAAGCAUGUGCCAAACAAAUGUCCAGUGAAGAUGUUAAUAUUAAACUUGCCAAACUUUUAGAAUCACAGUCUUUAGCUACUACCAAACAAAAGCAAUACACAGCAGAAGAGAAAAAAAUUAGAGAAGCGAUUCUUUCCCAAUAUAGCGAAAUGACAGAUGAAGAAGGUGAAGCUGAAGAUGUACAGGCUGGUGGAGAGGAUGGAGGACUAGAAAAAAAUUUAAAUUCUCAUACUGUUGCUCAAGCAGAAAAACUUAAAAGGGAGCAGGCAAGACAAGACAGUCAGAAGAAAAAAGAGAAAGACAAAGAAGAUAGAGAAAAACAAAAGCAACUUAAAGAAGAUAAAAAAGAAAAGCGAAAGACUGUUAAAGGCGAGAGAAGAAGGUAGCAGGCCCAAAAAUAAAAUAUUUUAUUUAAUUUUUAGAAGUUAUAUCUGAUUUUGAAAUGAUUGUGAUGAUACAUGUUUGGUUAUUUGCUCUUAUGAGUUUAAAAUAAAACGAUAAUUUUAGAAUA